ACAAAUUACUCAAUGACCGGCGUCUCCCGAAACAAACUGAACAGUUUUUGUGGAACCAAACUUUAAGUGUUUGGUGUCAUUACAUAGAACUCCCCGGAUGUUAAGAAACAGCUUAGAAAACAACAUUUCUUAGAAAAGGAAAUUUGAUUAGGGCUUAAUUGUUGGUUUAAAUAUAAUGCUAGUUAAAUUUAAGUGAGCGCUGUUUAUCAUAGGAAACACUAGCCGAUAAAGUUUCCUUUCACAGUCAGGUAACGAGUCACUUCAGUACAAACAUGCUGGAAAUGAAUUCGAAAUAAUUCACACCUCUCAACCGAGUCAUGGCAUCUUUAUGAGAAACUGGAAGCUUCUGCUUAGAGGACAACGAAGCCUGAAUAUUUUAAUUACUCGAUAGCAUUCAAACUGUCAAUAUCAGGAUCAAGAAAAACCUCAAACUCACUAUUGCUACUUGAGGUACAUGCAAUUGUAGUGCUUGUCUUAUGGUUAACUGACGACUUUGGCGACGCAAUAUUAAGAGAAGGGCUUGUUUAUCAACAUGUGGCGAAAACAGCAGUGAUGUAUGAAAACAGGAAGGCUCAAUUCCAAGACUAAGCAGAAGGGAUAACAGAGUGAUAUGGCGCAAGCCACAGAACUUUCAUCACUAAACUACGACAAAGGAAUACCACUCUGUCUCCCCAACAACUUUACUUGGGACCCAUCAACACAAGAAGUGAGGAAGACGGGUGAUGUCCGAAGAUCCCUUUGUCCAAUUCCGCAGGCUGUUAAGAUGUUAAAAGAAAUUAAAGAGCCAGUGUGCGUUGUGUCCAUUGCUGGUCCAUGCAGAGCAGGAAAGUCCUACAUAAUUGAUGACGUAUUUGGUCAGAUGGAGGCGUUUCCUGUCGGUCAUUUUACGGACCCAGAAACUACAGGAAUUUGGAUGUGGAUUUCCCCUCAACCAUUUAAGGACUCGCAAGGACGGGACUUUAAAGUAAUCCUGUUGGAUUCAGAAGGAAUCAAUGCUGUUUCUGCUGAGGAUAAAGAUGAUCACCGAAUCUUCACCCUCACUGUUUUGCUAGCCUCAGUGCUGAUUUACAAUUCAAUGGGCACUCCAAAGCGGACAGACCUUAAUGAUUUGGACUUCAUAAUAAAAUUAUCACAGCAAAUCAGGAUCCAAUCGGAAGAUGACCCGGACGAUAAGGACCUGUUCCGCAACACAUUUCCAUUCUUUUUUUGGCUUCUGAGAGACGUUGUCCUUAGGCUUCCUACUGAGUGCGAAGACCUCAAUCAGUAUUUUUCGAAAAGGGUUUUUAAGGGGAUGGCAAACGAAAACCAAGAAAAAGUCGCCGAGAGCAUUCUGAGUUUUUUCCCCGGCUUCGAAAGCUUCGCUCUGCCUCCACCUUCAGAUGAUCCCGACAUAAUGCAAGAUAUUAGUAACAACCGGGACAAACUUAACCCCAAAUUCCGCGAGGGGGUAAAACGCUUUGAGGUUCUUUUGAAAUCAAAACUGGUUCCUAAAAGAAGUAUCAACAAAGGAGAGUACGUUACUGGAGAAGCCCUUGGAGAGUUGGUCAAGUUAUAUAUAGACGCCAUCAACGACCCUCACGCGAUUCCAAAUGUGACGAAGGCCUGGGAUAUCUUUGUUAAGAACAAAAUAGCAGAUGCUAAGCAAGAUGCCUUGAAAGAUUACGAUCAGUCCAUGAUACAGUUAACACGCUUGCCCUGCGUUGGAGAAAAACUUCUGGAGGACCACGAAUUUUCGGAAAAGCAGGCCACGAAAAAAUUUAUGGAAGAAACUGCUGAGCUUAACUGUACUACCCUAAAAGACGAAUUGACGGAUCUGAUUAAAUCGUUUGCCGAAAAACUGAGGCUUUGGAAAGAUAAGAAUGCCUCCUUAACGCAAACAUCUUGCGAUGAUUUGUUGAAGAAGUUGAAAGCGGAGCUUUUAGAUCCAGUCUAUGAAAGGGUGCGUGGUCCAAACUGUGCCCAAGUGAGAUAUAGUGACAUAAUCGAUGCCUGGAGAAAAAUAAAAGAUCGUUUCUACUCGGAAGCUGUGGGAGCACAGGACGUUAGGGCAGAUACAUUCUUCAAAUUCAAUCAGACGCACUUGCAAGAUGAGAUGAUGCAAUACGAAGAAAUUCUAAAGAAGAUGAAGGAUUAUGAUGAUAGUAUUUCCAAAGAAAGGGUCGCAAAGGAGUAUAUAGAAAAAGAACGAAGAAGACUGGAGGCGCAGCUUACUGAAAUGACAAAGAAAGAGCAAGAUCGUCAGGAAAAGAUGGAGAUGCUUGAAAAGCGGCAGCAAAGCGAAUUGAAAUUGAUAAAGGAACAGUCUAGACAAGACAUUGAUGCUUUGCAAAAGCAAAUUGAAAUAGUGAACGACGCCGGCAUGAAGGUUCAAAAGGAUUUAGAAACACAAAUGGAAGGUGCCAUCGAGAGGGAAAGAGAAACAAACAAAGCACUCCAAGCGAUGAAACUGUUGUCUGAUCAGAAAGAAGCAAACUUUCAUGCUAGCGUCAAAGCUAUGAAUGAAGAGAUCCAAGAGACGAGGGGAGCAACCCAAAGAAGUUUCGAGGAACUUUUUAAGCAAAUAAACCUUAAUGCAAAGACGGAAGGUCAAACCAUUCAUGUUUUAAACAAUACGAUACAAUUAUUGGAGGAACAUAGAAAGGACGCUGCAGCGAUGAGAGAUGAGAUCCAAGAUUUACGAGACCAGUUAGGCAAAGCUCAAAACCCAGGUUAUAUUUCAUGGUUUAUUCGUAAAAUAUUUUAGUCACUACACUAUUGGUCUUUAUUACUUUAGUUGUCUGUGCUUAGUUUAAACUUGAACCAUUACAGCUAACUUUUCUUGCCACUGCGUUAUGUCCGAGGUGCUCAGGACUAGUUGUCAGUUUUCGUCACUGGAAAAUGCAUGCGUAUGGAAAAAUUUCCAAGUUUAAACUUGGCGAAAGUUUGAUCUCUAGAGUUUCUUUGAUUUUGAGAAAGAUUUGUUUGUCAAGCCAAUUUUGGUGGUCUAGCAACAAGUUGUUGGUGAAGAAUUGUACACCUAGCUGUUAAAUAUAUACAUAUAUGAACUACGUAAAAAGGAUCAGCGUUUAGUGAUAACUGAACACUCGAUGGUGGGUUGUAAUGAUUCUCGCUUGGUUAAUCGUCACUUUAUCUUUUUUAAAAGGGAUCGUCAUGAGAAAAGGAAAAAGUAGGAGAACAAAUAAGAUUUGGGGCAAGCGUCAAGUCUUCAGAAACAUGUUAGCUUUUACGCAUGUAUGUUAACUUGAAACAAGGAGCCACUUUAUUCCAUGAUUUCGCUGUAAUAGCCUGAUUUGCAUGAUCACGGAGUUAUGCCGAGUUGUUCUGGACGUCUAAAUUUAAAAGAUAGCGAAAUAAACUAAGUACAUUGAUCA